AUGGAGGUCACGAAGUUGAUCAGCACCAAGGAGAUCGCCAAGCACAAGUCCACGUCCGACUGCUGGAUUGUCGUCGACGACCAAGUAUGGGACGUCACUGAUUUCGCGCCAGAGCACCCUGGAGGCUCAUCGCUCAUAACGAGAUAUGGAGGUCGUGAUGCUACCAAGGCCAUAAUCGAGGACAACCUGCCACUAGACAACUUCAUCGGCAACCUGGAUCGAUCAACAAUCAACGUCGACUGGGCACAAGACCCGGCAAGCAAUGUCAGUCCCUCUUCGAAUCCAACACAAGUCAGAUCAGACAACGAAAAGCCACCCUUACACUCCAUAAUCAACAGCUAUGAUUUCGAAAAGGUCGCUGCUGAGACGGCCUCGAAGAAAACAUACGCCUUCUACUCGACCGCCGCGACCGAUUGCUGGAGUCGAGAUAUGAACGAAUCAAUGUAUAAACGCAUCUGGUUCCGACCACGAGUGAUGCGAGACGUCUCCAGAAUCGACACUUCCACCACCAUUCUAGGAAACAAGGUCAACGUACCACUCUUCAUCUGCCCAACCGGUCUAGCCAAGAUGAUCCAACCCGAAGCCGAGAAAGCACUCGCUCGGGCCGCACAAUCGACUGGUAUACUCGAGAUCUUAUCGACCAGUGCCAGUCAUCCCGUUGAGGACAUCGUUGCCGAAGCACCAGGACAUCCGUUCUUCUUCCAGCUGUACGUGAACAAGGAUCGACGGAAGACGGAGGAGUUGAUCGCAAGAGUCAACAAGCUGGGCUUCAAAGCCAUCUUCGUGACGGUCGAUGCUGCUGGGAGAGGCAAGCGGGAGAGCGAUGAGAGGCUGGUGGUAGAUGAGCUGGUCAUGAGUCCCGUGACGGGCGAGCGUGCAAAGACGGAUAAGAAAGGUGGUGGAUUGACGAGAAUGAUGGGGUCUUUCAUCGAUCAGGCUUUGACGUGGGAGGAUAUUGCCUGGGUUCGUACGCUUACCGACUUGCCAAUCGUGCUGAAAGGCAUUACCACGGCAGCAGAUGCGAAGUUGGCAAUGAAGCACAAAGUUGAUGGAAUCCUGUUGAGUAACCACGGCGGGCGGAAUCUCGACUACUCACCUCCGUCAAUUCUGCUUCUACUUGAGAUGCACAAAUGCUGCCCCGAGAUCUUCGACAAGAUGGAAGUCUAUGUCGACGGUGGGAUACGUCGAGGUGGCGACAUAAUCAAAGCGCUCUGUCUAGGCGCCACAGCAGUAGGCGUAGGCCGGACAUUUCUGUACUCUCUAGCCUACGGCACAGAAGGAGCAGAACAUCUAGUCGAGAUCUUGAAGGACGAGAUGGACAGUUGCAUGAAAUUGCUAGGUGUCAGGGACUUGUCGGAAGUGCAUCCGGGCUUGGUGAAUACCAGUGACGUCGACCACUUAGUUCCAGGACCAGAGGCAGGAGAGGGAUAUCCGUAUGCGAAGUGGAGGCCACGACCACGAUCGAGAUUAUGA